UCAGUUUCUGACCACAAGAAAGGUAGACAGUUUAUCCAUUCAAAUGGAUAAAUGCAAAAAUGAAAUGCCAUUUUCAGUUCUCACAUCCACAAGAAAGAAAAUGGAAGCUCUGAAAGGUUCCUUUAUGUCUUCACUCAAAAUCCCAUCAACACCAGCCAGACUCCACAAAACCCAAUUCUUAAAUUUCCAGUUUUGUUCAAUACCCACUUCAUUUCUCAAAUCAAUUCAAAGGGACACAUCAAGAUCCAAGCUCUUCACCACCUUAUCGUCAUCUCCGGUUUCAACAGAACCCAUAGACCCGACAGAUUCUCUGCCUGAAACUGAUACACAAGAAGAGAAAUUUGAUUGGUUUUCUCAGUGGUAUCCAGUUAUGCCAGUGUGUGAUCUAGACAAGAGAGUGCCACAUGCAAAAAGAGUGAUAGGUUUCGAUGUGGUUGUGUGGUGGGAUAGGAAUGAGAGUUCAUGGAAAGUGUUUGAUGAUGCUUGUCCUCAUAGAUUGGCACCAUUAUCUGAAGGAAGGAUUGAUCAGUGGGGGAGAUUGCAAUGUGUGUACCAUGGUUGGUGUUUCAAUGGCUCCGGAGACUGCAAAUUUAUUCCUCAGGCACCCCCAGAUGGCCCUCCGGUCCAUACAUUCAAGAAAGCAUGUGUUGCUGCUUAUCCAAGUACCGUGCAGAAUGGCAUAUUGUGGUUUUGGCCAAACACCAAUCCUGAAUACAAAGAUAUUCUUUCCAAGAAAAAACCACCAUAUUUUCCAGAACUUGAUGAUCCAUCAUACGUCAAACCUAUGGCAAAUAGAGAGUUUCCUUUCGGGUAUGAAAUCUUGAUUGAAAAUCUAGUGGACCCUUCUCAUGUCCCUUAUGCACAUUUUAAACUGCUGCCAAAUCCACAAUCCAAGAACAGAGAUAAGCUUGAUAGAGAGGGAGGAGCACCAAUUGAUAUCAGCAUUGAAAAGUUAGACAAAAAUGGUUUCCAAGCGACUCGAAAUGGAGGGAAUAGCAAAUUCAUGGCACCGUGUACAUAUUAUUCUGCUGUUAGUCCUCCAACUUCAGUGUCAUCAUCUGGAAACAGCAAAGAGCCAUCAUCAAAUGUUCCACAACGAAAAGUGCUUCUUAUUUUCUACUGCAUUCCAGUUAGUCCAGGUAAAAGCAGGUUGAUAUUUACAUUCCCAAGAAAUUUUGGAGUUUGGAUCGACAAAAUCAUUCCGAGAUGGGUGUUUCAUCUGGGACAAAAUCUGGUUCUAGAUUCAGAUUUGUAUCUUCUUCACAUAGAGGAACAUAAGAUAAUGGAAGUUGGGCCAUCCAAUUGGCAAAAGGCUUGUUUUGUGCCAACAAAAUCAGAUGCUCAAGUGGUUGCUUUCAGAAAAUGGUUAAAGAAAUACUCAGAUUGUCAAAUUAACUGGGGAGAAAAAUUCAGUGGUGGACUUCCCCCAACUCCUCCAAAAGAGCAGCUAAUGGACAGGUAUUGGUCACACGUGGUGAACUGCAGCAGUUGCCGCGUCGCGUACAAAGGUCUGAAUGCACUUGAGGUUGUUCUGCAGGUGAUGGCCAUUGUUUCGAUUGGAAUUGUUGCAGCAACCAAGCAGAAUGUGUUGUCUGCAGUUACUAGAACUGCACUUGUCUUGAUGGCAGUGCUAUGCUUUGCAGCUUCAAGAUGGCUGGCUCACUUCAUUUACAAGAAUUUUCAUUUUCAUGACUACAACCAUGCCCUUCUCUGAAACCAUUGUUUCACACACUGCUCAACAAGUAUUAUACACAUCAAAUUUGAUCAAAGUUGAAAUGAAAUUUAUGAAAUGCCCAUGUCAAAAAUUUCUUUCAAUCAUUCGUCCAAUUGUAUUUAUUAAUUAACUUACCAAAUUCUAUUUUUCUCUAUAUGUCAUUUUCAAACUCUUACAUCCAAUUUAGAUAUUUUCUUUGAAUUUAA